GAAACUUGAUGACACGUAUGACGAUUGACGACCGUUGUUGAUUUAACUAGAUCUCCAAGGUGCUGGAAUAAGAUAGAUGAGAAAGGAUACAUCAUUAAUUAGAUCUAAUUAAUUCUUGAUGGACACAGACAACUAGGCAUUUUCUCAUAUUGGUUUAAGACCGAGUGAAAGGUGUCGUGUUCCACAAAGGAUCUAUUCCUACAAUUAGUGAAGUUUAUGUGAGCCAGCAUCUCGCAUAUUCAUCUCAAGCUACUUUGCCCUUUGAUGUAUUUUAAGAGGAAUUCCUGGUAAGCCAAGGAAAUAUUAAUGCAAAUUGAUCAGCCGUUGAUCAGAGGCUAUCAUCAUGGAUUUAAAGGUAUAAAGAUUCAGCGACAUGAAUGUGAAAAACUGGGUGUAUAAUUCAGAUAUCUUAUAAUUCAUCCUAACUUUAAGACGCAGGGAUUCACUCUUUUGGCUCUAAGGAGAUUAAGAAGGGGUUUUAAAAACGACAAAAUAUAUGUUGAUCCCUUCAUUGGAAUCGUGCGUUAACUAUAGAUAUGCUACAAGCAACACUGUCGACACCUAUUGAAAAUAAGCGGCAAAGACGGACUGGGGCAAGGAGUCCGGGGUCUAAAAGUCCGUCUAGUACCAAUAGACGGAUAUCUGAUGUAACUUCAUACAUCAGUAGAAGCGCACAAGCGCAAAGUCCAACAUUAAAAGCACGUAGGCAUAGUCAUGACCCCGGCGAGCGCAAAUCGCCAGUCUAUUCCAGUUUGGACGAACGUGGCCCGAGGCCCCGGAGUGGUCGUUUUGGGCUAGAGCGACCUGACUCAAGAGGAAACGGGAUUUUUACCGAGCGUGUCCCAAGACCCCCAAGUGGUCGUUACAGGCUCGAGCGAACUGACUCGAGGGGAAUUCGGGUUGUCACCCCGGACCAAACUGCCGACCGUAGCCCGAGACACUCCCCACUUGAGAGACGUGUAUCUAGUAAACGGUUGGAAAGGCAGAACUCUGAUGUAUCAAAGAAAUACAAACCAGAACAUAAAGUAUCUUCAUCGAAUCGAAGUCGACGUAUCUCCCACUACAGGUACGUAACAGGUUCAUUGUCUCCUCAAUCACCUCAGAGCACCCUCAUGCGACACGCGUAUUCACGUCACGUUUGGGGCCUCGUUCGUUACAUGCGCAUUAUGUAUUUUGUCUCAUACAAAUGUAUAUUAGCUAAGUUAGGAAUUGUUCGUUACAGGUAUCCCGUUGCCCUUCUAUCUGCCACGUUCGGUAACUAA